GCCACACUCUGUGGUGCUUCAUUCUUGUAAAAUUCUGUGAACAUGGUACUUCUCUAAUGACAAACACCGCCACCAUGCCCCGUUCCGGCCAUCAUCUCUUGCCACACACUUGAUGCCAUAACAGCAGGCGAACUUCAAAUCCUACAGCUGGAGCCCAUCUGGAAGAUGGGGAACAUGAUAAAAGGUGGGCUCGCCAGGGACAAGAUCAACACUCAGAACAUUGACAGCCCUCAAAAGAGUUCUGAGGACAACAUGGUGGUGGUGCUUCAGGAUUACCCAUCUCCUGAUGUCAGCGAACCCAUCUAUAGGAUGGGGGAGAAGCUCCGAGUCCUUGCACAGGACACUUAUUGGUGGAGGGUUCGCUCCGUCCAAACAGGGAAGGAGAACUACAUUCCCAACACUCACGCGGCCAGAGUCUAUCAUGGGUGGCUUUUUGAGGGGGUGGAGAGGCAAAAGGCAGAAGACCUUCUGCUUCUACCUGUGAACAGAGUGGGUUCAUUUCUGGUGCGGGAGAGCAGCAGGGAGCGAGGUCAGUAUUCACUCUCAGUGAAGCACAGGCACAUAAAGCACUAUCGCAUCCUCAGACUGGACAACAGCUGGUACUACAUCUCCCCCCGUCUCACUUUCCAGUGCCUGGAGGAUAUGGUCAACCACUACUCGGACUCUGCAGAUGGCCUAUGUUGUGUGUUAACCUCUCCCUGUCUGUCCGCCAUGACCCUUCAACCAGACGCCAGUGCCACAGCUCCGCCUGUAGUUAUGCGACGCAACUUUGACUGGAAGAAAGUAGACAGGAGACAGCUGGUGAGCACAGACAGCUGCAGCGACAACAUGGUGAGCUACGGUGUCAGAAACAGCAUCGCUGCCUACCUGUCCUUCUCUGAGAAUCAGGACCAUGCACAAUUCAAGGCAAAGAGCAGGAAGAAGAAGAGCAAAUCAGUUUAUGUUCUCCCUGAAAACGGCCUUAUGCACUAUGAAGACUUCUAGAGGCAAAUGGAAUACCUUCAAGCAGGGGGCAGUAGGGGGCAUCCUUCUCAGAAAUGUACCAGCAGAGGUCUGUGCUGAACAUCUCAAACAUCAUACUUCAACAAUAACGCAAAGUGUCCGACCACUUACACUUGGACUGAGUUGAUAAAGAAAGAACUAAGUUGAAGUGGACAAUAGUGCAAUUGAAAUGUGACGUGUGUAUCCUGCACAUGGGCUGGAAAAACAAACACGAUUGUAUGAAGAUGACUCGAAAGCUGUGGGCACUAUUUGGCCAUAUUAAUGUCUAUAUGAGUAUUUGUUGCUUUCAAAUCAUCAAACCUGUGUUGGUUAUUAAUGUUGAAUUGUUUUAAGUCUUAUUGUGACAACAGCUUGAACUUGCAUUUUUAUUUGCCACUUUUACAUUUACUUUUCACCUGAUUAAGUUCAUUAAUGAAUGUGUAAAUAUCUGCAAAUAGAAAGUAAAUAUGCAGCAACGUUUAAUUAAAUUGUCAUGUUUGUGUCUGAUUGCAUUAACCACCAUUUUUGGUCUCUCUUGAUAGGGACAGAACACGUUAAGAUUAUAGCAACAAUGAUUGUUUACAUCUGUAGUCCCUUUCACAAACACAUAGGCAUUUGAUCUUUGGUUUUGUAUAUUGAUUAGAGCAGUUUUAAGUUCUGGCAUUAAACAAAGUAGGUGUUGAGAAGGUCGGAGAUAUGAUCAUUAGAGGAAAUUCAAAUGUCAGUGGCAAAUUAUACAUGAUUCACUCAGAGGAACAACUCAGCUUGUGGGAACAGAACACAGUCACUACAUUAGGAUUAAAAUGUACUUCUUUGUUCACUGAGCGUAACUUCCACAUUUGAGCAUGAGUGUUUUACUGCUGCAAUAAGAUCUAUGGCUCUGUAUCAGUGGUCAUGAUCUUGUACUUUUCCACUCGGUCUGUGUGAUUUAUCCGCGUACAUUGUAAGUUGUUGGUAGUUUCUUUUUCUGUUAAUGUUUUUUUUAACAAAAUCCAGGUUUUAAAGCUCCAGUGACCAAAAUAGGCAGAAGUUCAAGUUGCUCCUUAAUUCAAAUUGCUGUCGUUAUGUGUUUAACUUCCUCUGUUGACCUUUGGCUAUUGCUGCUUAUGCAAAAGUCUCACUGUUUUCACAUGGUCACAAUAUGACAGGCUGACUGCAUAACUGCUGUUUAAUAUGAUGUUAAAUAAAAGCAUACAUGC